AUGCCAAGCCGCGGAAACAGGAUGCCUGCGUCCGUUGAACAGGAAUACCAUGUUGUUUUGCCACCACUGCCUACAGAGGGUGAAGAAGAGAACGAAGAAGACUUCCGAAAAUGGCCGCAUCUGAACCAUCUUCAACGGCGCCGCUCCAAGGAGAGGCGACGACGACGGAGGCGACUCGCACUCCAGAGCUCUGCAACGAGGAUAGGCCUCCGGCGCAUCCUUCGUCCUCGAAGUUUCCCGGCGCGCCUGACGUGCUCGAGGACGGGCGAGCUCUGUACCUGGGCACCUGGCGCCAGCGGGUGAUGUCGGGCGUCUUCUUCCUGCUGCUCGUGCUCUCCUGGCUAGCCGUCGUCCUGACCCAUGCCACGGGACAGCACUCUGGCGACGUCGCGGUCCGGCCACCGCCCAGUCACAUCAGCGACUAUCCUCUCCCUCCCGAUGGUGCGGGCCCAGUGUUCUCGGCGGCUGCUAACGAGCCCGAAGGCAGCGCGAGCUCGACGCGAACUGCGCGUCACUCUAUAAACGGGGCAACAAAGUCGACCAAGUCGACGGCUCGGUCACGGAUAUCGGCCUCCGCGACCUCUGCUUGGAGUCGCUUACAACUGUGGCGGCAGUCCUUACGGAACAGAACGACAUCGGCUUCGUACUCCGGCCAAGGAAUGGAGAGUUCGUCCGAGCCCAAGAAAAACCUGUGGUGCGCCUACAACGGCAGCGACCCCCGGUUCAGGCCGCACCAUUUGCCCCUGAACCUGUGCUCGGCGGUGGUGCUCUGCUGUCUGCCCCUGACGGCGCCGGACGGGGAACCGUCGGCGCCCAAUCUCCGCUUUGCCGACUUCCUGAAAAUACAGGACGCCGGCAGGAACAUGAGACCGAGCCUGCUGGUGGCCCUGGCUGGUCCCCAACAGGAUUCCGAGGUGCUGCGCUCGCUGGCGCAGCGUGACCACGGCAAUGCUUCCAAGAGGCUCGCUGUCAACGUGCUCCACUUCGUCGAGUUCAACCGGCUCGACGGCGUGCUCCUCUACACGCUGCACUGUGGACCGGACGAGGUAGCCAUCUACCGGGCGCUGUACGAGCGCCUGGACUACCACGGCUACACCGCCGCCGUGACUUGCCCGGAUGGCGAAGGCGGAACGCGGCUGAUCGCGGAAGCUAAGCUGGGCCCCGUCGUGCUGAUACCGACAUCAGCGAACUCCAGCAGGACCCAGUGCCCGCUGGGCCUCGCCCGACGCGUGCUGGACGACGCCGAAAGCGCGACCGACGUGAUGCUGGGCGUCCAGCUCUCGGGCGUCCGAUACACGUUUCCUGAAGGCGGCGAAGCGAUUGGCCGGGAAGGCGCCGCCGCCUCGCUCGUCAGCAGCGCGGCAUACCGGGACGUCUGCCUCGCCAUAAGGGACCACGGCUGGUCCGGCUACGGCAGCGCCACGGGCGAGUGCGUCGUGGCGCACCGCAACCGCACCUGGAUGGCCGCGCUGACCCCGUGGGCGCUGGCCGUCCCCGGCGUGGUGGGACGCUUCGCCAAGGCCGGGGUCGUCGUACUCGACGUGGACGCCGACGACGGGAGCGGCUCGUGCGGCGCGCGCCCCUUCCCGCUCACCGACGCGCUUCACAGGCUUCUCUGAGAGCCGGCCCGACUUGUUUCGUCAUCGUUUGCCGCCACUACGCACAUCGUCGUCUGGCGCUACGGGAGUGCAGACAAGAUUUUUACCGUUUCGCAUACAGAAGCAAUAGCAUC